UUUGUUGGAUAUAAUUAUGCAUUUCUCAAGCGGAUGGAACAUUUGGGGGAUUUACUUUAUCACCGUGCUGCUGAAUUGUUGCUGGGAAGCGGCGUCUGGGCAGCUCUCGUAUUCCAUCUUAGAGGAGGCAAACCCGGGGACGUCUGUUGGAAAUCUUGCUAAGGACCUAAAUCUCAACGUGCAAGAGUUGGAGUCUCGUAUUUUUCAGAUCGUUCAUGGAUCUAAGAAAAAAUAUUUCGACGUGAAUCUAAAAACGGGGUUUCUUUACGUCAAUGAGAGAAUAGACCGCGAGGAGCUUUGUGCGAAAGCUACGCAAUGCACCGUCAAUGUAGAGGCCGUGAUCAACAAUCCGCUGAAGCUGUAUCGUUUGGAAAUAAAUGUGCUUGAUAUAAAUGAUAAUGCGCCACAUUUCUCGGAUAAUUCUCAGUCACUUAAUAUUGCGGAAAGCACUUUGCCAGGAAUCAAAUUUGGGCUGAUAGAGGCAUCGGAUUUAGAUGUCGGUAAGAACAGUGUAAACACGUACAAGCUCAGUAAUAAUGACUAUUUUUCUUUGGACAUUCACAAAAGAGGAGAUAGCGUGUCUACGGAGCUAGUGCUGCAAAAAGCUUUAGACCGCGAGCAUGACUCUGUUAUAAAACUCACACUCACUGCUGUAGACGGAGGACACCCACCAAAGUCAGGGACAUCACAAAUUAUUAUCACCGUUUUAGACAAUAACGACAAUCCCCCCGUUUUCAGCAAACCAUUAUACAAAAUUCAAAUAUGUGAAAAUGUUCCAUCAGGAUCUAAAGUGAUUGUUCUGAAUGCGACAGAUGCAGAUGAUGGUAUAAAUAGUGAAGUGGAAUAUUCUUUGAGGAAAAAAGGUCAGGAUCACGUUCUAGAUUUAUUUCAAAUAGACAGUAACACCGGUGUGAUUUCAGUCAAAGGGAAGAUUGACUAUGAGGAAAAUCCUGCGUUUGAGAUUCAUGCACAAGCUAGUGACAAAGGCCAGCCCCCGAUGUCAGCUCAUUGUAAAGUGCUAGUAGAAGUAGUGGAUCUGAACGACAACGCUCCUGAGAUCACUGUGACGUCAUUAGUUGACACAGUGAAGGAGGACGCUGAAGUAGGUACUGCUAUUGCACUUGUUUCUGUCCUGGAUAAAGAUGGUGGCAAAAACGGGGCAGUUAAAGCUGUGAUUUCAAGCGAUGUCCCCUUUAAACUGGAAACCAAUUAUAAAAAUUAUUACUCAUUGGUAGUUAAUGGUCUUGUUGAUAGAGAAUCUCGGGCUCACUACAAUGUUACUAUCAUAGCAACUGAUGAAGGGACUCCUCCUCUCUCCAGCACCAACAUACUUAUUGUUCAUGUGUCUGAUGUUAAUGAUAAUCCACCUCGCUUCUCAGAGCCACUUGUUAAUGUUUAUGUGAAAGAGAACAGUCCAGUAGGAGCAAUUAUCAAGACUGUGACUGCAAAUGAUGUUGAUAUUAAUCAAAAUGGCCAAGUGAGCUAUUCAUUUUUGAAAAGUAACGUUGACACGUUACCAUUAUCUGCAAUGGUGAAUAUCAACUCAGAGACAGGAGAUAUAAUCAGUCUGAAGUCGUUUAACUUCGAGGAGAUUAAAACGUUUCAGUUUAAAGUUCAGGCCACAGACUCUGGUGUUCCUCCACUCAGCAGCAACGUGACUGUGAACGUUUUUAUCCUUGAUGAGAAUGACAACAGUCCUGCGGUUCUUUCUCCAUAUUCUGAGCACAGCUCCGUAAACAGUGAGAGCAUCCCCUAUUCUGCUGAAGCGGGAUACUUUGUGGCAAAGAUCAGGGCUGUAGACGCAGACUCUGGAUACAACGCGCUGCUUUCUUAUCACCUCUCUGAGCCCAAAGGAAACAACCUCUUCCGGAUCGGAACCAGCACCGGGGAAAUCAGGACUAAGAGGAGAAUGAGUGACAAUGACUUGAAAACUCACCCCUUGGUGGUGCUGGUUUCUGAUAACGGAGAACCCUCCCUCUCAGCUACUGUGUCCAUAGAUGUGGUGGUGGUCGAGAGCACAGCUGACAUCCAGACCCAGUUUAGACAUGUGCCCACAAAGGACGAUGGCUUCUCUGAUUUAAACCUGUACCUGCUGAUCGGCAUCGUGUCGGUGUCAGUCAUCUUUCUGCUGAGCCUCAUCACUUUAAUAGCAGUCAAAUGCCACAGGACAGACAGCAGCUUCAGCAGGUACAGCGCCCCAAUGAUCACCACCCACCCUGACGGGAGCUGGUCUUACUCUAAAGCUACUCAGCAGUAUGACGUCUGCUUCAGCUCAGACACGCUCAAGAGUGACGUAGUCGUUUUCCCCGCACAGUUUCCGCCUGCAGAUGCGGAACUGAUCAGUAUUAACGGAGGAGACACUUAUGGCAGGACUCAGACUUUACCAAACAAAGACAAGGUAAGACAAUAG